AUGGAUAUCCCUCAGGCAAAUGUGCCUUUGGACGUGGUCAUUGUGGGAGCCGGUAUGGUCAUUCUGAGCUGGAAUCGCAUUGGUGGCAUGGCAGCGGCCUUGACAUUAGGCCUACGAGGUCAUCGGGUGGUGGUUCUUGAGGGUGCACCAAAACUCAUGGAAGUCGGUGCUGGAAUUCAAGUUUCUCCCAACAUGUUGCGACUAUUUGAUCGAUGGGGAGUUUCGGACUUGAUCCACGCUCAAGAUGUUGCACUUGAGCAUAUCCACGUUCGACGAUGGGAGGAUGGCUCCCUGCUGGGAACAAUGCCCGUCAAUAAGACCUUUGGACAGCAAGUUGUCAUCCAUCGCGCAGACCUCCACAACGCUUUAAUUGACAAGGCAUUGGAACUCAAGAAUGUGGAAUUGCGAGUGGACUCGAUUGUGACUAGUGUCGAGUUCAGCCCUGCGUCAGUCACAUUGGCUAACGGGACCGUUGUUCGUGGCGACAUUGUCAUUGGGGCUGACGGGAUCAAAUCCACUAUUCGGGGUCAUCUCUUGGAUGAUUCAUCCAUCAAAGCCAUCCCCACCGGAGAUGCCGCUUAUCGAAUUAUGCUUCCCCGUAGUGUCAUGGAGGCAGAUCCAGAACUGAAGCAACUGAUCGACGAGCCGCAGGCGACUCGCUGGCUGGGCCCCUCACGGCAUAUUAUCGCGUAUCCCGUUCGGAAUCAUGAGUUGUAUAACGUUGUUCUAUUGCACCCAGACCGCCAAGAGGUCGAGGAAUCCUGGACAACCAAGGGCUCAAAGCAGGCCAUGAUUGACAAUUAUCGAGGAUGGGACCAGACUGUGAGGAAGUUGAUUGACUUGGUGGACGACGACGAGGUUCUUGAGUGGAAAUUGUGUCUUCAUAGCCCUCUCAAAACCUGGAUCCGAGAGUCAGUAGCUCUUAUUGGUGACGCAUGUCACCCAAUGCUCCCUUAUGUUGCCCAGGGGGCGGCACAGGCAGUGGAGGAUGCAGCUGCAUUGGGCGUCCUUUUGUCCAACAUCACUUCCCGUCAUGAGAUCCCCCGUGCACUGCAGGUAUAUGAGGUAUCUAGAAAGCAGCGUGCGGAGACUGUACAGCAGUCAGGUUCUGAAAACCGUAUCACUUUGCAUUUCCCUGACGGACCUGAUCAAAUCGCCCGCGACGAGCAAUUCCGCGCAGCGGCUACCGGCUCCAAUCCUGAUAAGUGGUCUGAUCGCGAAACGCAGAAGUUCUUGUGGGGCUGGGAUGCAGAGCAGGCUUCGUUGGAUGCCUGGAAAAAAAUGGGCACGGACGAGACGAAGUUGAACGCCAGCCUCUAG